CGUACGAUUAGCAAGAUGGGCAUCGGUCUACCCUAUAAACUUUGAACAGUAAGUUGACUAUACUGGUGUUUAGAAAAAGGUUUGGAGAUAAACUUAUUCGGGGGCCAUUUAACGUAUUCUUCUUGUUGGGGUAUUUUUUUCUUGCCAAUCUCCUUCGAGUUGUUUUACGUUGGUGAGUAUGUAUUCUAAUUUGCUAAUUAAGGUGGCAUUUAAUCAUCAGCAAACGUUCCAGCAUAAUGCCGACACCUAAAAAGAGCCAUGCGCAAUCCUUGACUUUGCAUACAUGAAAAUGAUGAAUGAAUGAAGGGAGGACUGUGCUUAAAUUUCAAGACACGCCUAAACACUUUAUCUUUACUUUAUAGAAUAUUGAAUAUAAGCUUAAUAUAUGUUAUCUAAAGGAGGAAAGACAACCUACAGACUAUCAACAUUCAGAGGAUCAGGCAAAUGUAGUUUAGGUAGGUUCAGGAAAAGAUCUAUAAUGUAGUGAUUGUUGGCGCCUUGUUGUAGUUUAAUGCCCCUUGAGGUAAGGGUUUGACGAGAGAAUUUUAUACACGGUAAGGUAAGGUCAACCCUUUCAUGAAACUAAAUUUCCCCAAGGCUUAUUAAAAACAAAAGAGCUAGCGAGAUAAACAAGGCUUCCACCUCGUCACUUACUACCAGGUACCUUAAUCCUACCUAUUUGUUACAUCAUGUUUUUCAUAUCUCAAUGAAAGCGAGCGAAGUGAGGUAUCGAGACUCCUGCACACUGCACUAUUCGAAUAGUCAGCUUUUACCUACUAUGACGCAGCUAAAUCACAUAGCAACAUCUGCCACGACCACCUCAUUAGUAGCCCAAGACUGCCUCAGUCUCCGAAACACGACAACCAGUAUUCCUCUUCUCGGGUUCGGCACCUACAAAAUUCGCGGUCAAACAUGCACUACCGCGGUUUUGGCAGCACUUUCAGCGGGCUACAGCCACAUUGACUCAGCUGCGUUAUAUCGCAAUGAGGUGUGCGUCUACGAGGCCAUCGAACAGUCUGGUGUGCCUCGUGAAGCGAUUUUCCUUACUACGAAAGUCGGGAGUCCACGAAGGAUGUCAGGCCAGGGUGACGUGUAUCAAGAUGUUGUCAAAACUGUGGACCGUAUCGCUGGAGUAGACGGAUACGUAGACUUACUGUUGAUGCACGUUCCUGGACCAUCCACAGAUUACCGUCAGAGAUUAUGGGCAGCGAUGGAAAUGGUUAAGAGCAGGGGGAGAGCCAAAAGUAUUGGUGUCAGCAACUUUCGAGUCCGGCAUCUCGAAGAACUGAAGGAGUAUGCCACUGAAUGGCCUCCAAGUGCGAACCAAAUCGAGCUACACCCCUGGUGCCAGCAACGAGAUGUCGUGACUUACUGUCAGGACAACGGUAUUGUUAUCGAGGCAUACAGCCCGCUUGCAACUGGUACUCGGCUUGAUGACCCAGAAGUACAAAGGGUAGCAUCAAAGCAUGACAAGACUCCAGCAAAGAUCCUUAUCCGGUAUUCACUCCAGAAAGGCUGGAUACCUCUACCCAAGAGCUCACAUCCGGAUCGCAUUCAAGAGAAUAUUAUGGUUUUUGAUUUUGCUCUCGACACAGAUGACAUGGUAGCUUUGGAUGCGCUAGACGAAGGGCCCGUAGGUGCUGUUUUUCGAAUGAAUGUUGAUUAACCACAUAACACGUCACCAAAUAAUGAUUUGGAAGCAAACCUAUCCGUC